GUGAUAGGUUAGCUAUGAGUCUGGAUCGAUUAGUCGUGUCUUAGCGCAGUAUCAAUGGACGCGUUUGACUUGUUUAGAAAGCUUGGAGCCGGGGCAAAGUUUGAUCUGAAAAGAUUUGCCAAAGAUGCGGAGCGUUUUAAGGUAGUGAAAUCUCAUGACCAGGACAGUUUGAAUCAGCUGCCUGGAGUCAGUUUCUUUGGCACAAAGAUGCCUCUAGAGUCCAAAGUUGGUGAGGAAAACGAUGAUGGGAAUGAUGAAGAGAGCAUCACUGGAAAACGGAAAAGAACUAAAGUUGAUGAGCCAGUCAAGACAACACAGAAGAAGAAAAAAGCUAAAGAUAAAGACAUAGAGGAGGAGACCAGCAAUGACGGACAGCAGGAAAUAGAGGGGAUUCAGUUGAUGUCAUCACAAAACAAGGCAAAAGACCCCAAGACGAAGACUAAUGACAAACCGUCAUUAAAAAGACUACAACAGCUUCACCAGGAAAAGGUCAAUCGAAUACGACAUCAAAACCGGAUAAACGUUCACGGGACAGACAUUCCAGAUCCUGUGUCCACUUUUGAGGAGCUGCGAGAGGAGUAUGAUCUGGACCCACGAGUCAUUGAAAACAUCAAGGGGGCGGGUUUCCAAACCCCCACACCCAUUCAAAUGCAAGCCAUUCCUCUAAUGAUGCAUAAGAGAGAGAUCUUGGCUUGCGCUCCUACAGGCUCUGGUAAGACGAUAGCUUUCUGUCUGCCUCUUCUGGCCCACCUUCGUAAGCCCCUAAACAAGGGAUUCAGAGCUCUCAUCAUCUCCCCUACCAGAGAGCUCGCCAGUCAGACACACAGAGAGCUGUUAAAGUUGUCAGAAGGUGUGGGCUUCAGAGUUCACAUCAUCAAUAAAGGAGCGGACGCAGUGAAAAAAUUCGGGCCCAAGUCAGCAAAGAAAUUUGAUAUAUUGGUGACCACACCUAACAGAUUGAUAUACCUGCUGAAACAAGACCAACCUGCUGUGGACUUGAGUAGAGUUGAAUGGCUGGUGGUGGAUGAAUCAGAUAAGCUCUUUGAGGAGGGCAAGACGGGUUUCAGAGAGCAGCUCGCCGCUAUCUUUCUUGCCUGCACUUCUCCCAAAAUCCGCCGGGCUCUCUUCAGCGCUACCUUCGCCACAGAUGUAGAGCAGUGGUGCCGACUGAACCUGGACAACCUCGUCUCAGUCAACAUUGGACCCAGGAACUCGGCAGCUGAGACGGUGGAGCAGGAGCUGCUGUUUGUGGGUUCAGAAAGUGGAAAACUGCUGGCUGUGAGAAACCUUAUAAAGAAGGGAUUUCUGCCGCCUGUGUUGGUGUUUGUUCAGUCUAUUGAACGAGCCCGAGAGCUGUUUCAUGAGCUGGUGUAUGAGGGAAUAAAUGUGGACGUGAUUCACGCAGAACGCACUCAACAACAGAGGGACAAUGUUGUGAACAGUUUUCGUUCAGGAAAGAUCUGGGUGUUGAUCUGCACUGCUCUUCUGGCCCGUGGUAUUGAUUUCAAGGGCGUCAAUCUGGUCAUUAACUACGACUUCCCAACCACUUCUGUAGAGUACAUCCAUCGGAUCGGACGCACAGGAAGAGCAGGCCACAAAGGAAAGGCAGUAACGUUUUUUACAGAGGAUGAUAAACCGCUCUUACGCAGCAUUGCCACAGUCAUAAAGCAGGCCGGAUGUCCUGUACCUGACUACAUGAUUGGCUUCAAGAAAGUCAAAAGCAAACUGAAACAUAAGUUGGCGAAGAAACCACCCAGACGGUCAACUAUACGCACAACUCCUCGCUUCCUCUUUGGGAAAAAGCCUAUAAAGGGAAAAAGAAAGAAGAAAGCUUCAGCUAAAGCGAGUGGAGAAGCAUCAGAAGUCAGCUGUAAGAGCUGAGAUUCACAGUGUUGUACAGACUGCUCAAAUUUUCCUACCCACAUCAUUAUCUAUAAUAAAAUGAAUGUUGACCACUUUG